UGUAUGGGGAGCCGCUGCAUCCGCACAAAAUUCGCUUCGCACAGGCUCAGGGCAAAGGCGCCCGAAAGUGCCGAAUUCCACGGUGGCAUCGGACACAGAAGAAAGAAAUUCUACGAGCACGUCGUCACAGUCGUCAACACGUUACUCUUUAUUCACUAGACAUCUUCAAAAGUUAUUUCCGGCGUGGUGGAAGCCAAGCGAGGGCAUGUCGCGUAAAACUGUGGUGAUGUGGACAGCAGUCGGUUUCGGCACUGUGGUCGUGGUUUCCAUUGCAACAACAGCAUUUCUACGGAAGCGAAAACAAGCGAAGGCAAAGCGAGUGAUAGACACGAUAUUGGAACUCCAAAAGCCCUGUGUUCGGAUGAAAGAUCCUGAGCGUGUUGAGGAGCUUGUCUGCAAAUUGAUUAAAGGUGGACCAAAGAAGCUACAGGUUGUUACAGAUUUCGACCACACAAUUUCAAGGUCACAUUUCAAUAGAAAACAUUGCUGUUCAACUCACGAAGUCAUUGAAUCCAGCCCGAAUAUCCCUGAGGAGUACUGCCUACAGGCACGGAAAUUGCACGACAAGUUCUACCCAAUCGAAAUUGAUCCUCAUAUUUCAACAGAAGAAAAAAUACCUCAAAUGGUAGAAUGGUACUCGCAAUCACAUGCUAUUCUAGUCAGCUGUGGUGUGGAGAAACACGAUUUUCCUAAGCUUGUGGCAGACUCGUCGAUUAUGUUGAGAGAUGGCUGUGAAUCACUUUUUGAGAUGCUGCACGAGCAUCAGAUACCCACUCUGGUAUUUUCUGCUGGCCUUGGCGACAUUUUGGAAGAAGCACUGAGGCAUUUCCACUGCCACUUUCCGAACAUGAUGUUCGUCUCCAAUUAUAUGCAGUUUGAUGAAGAGGGCAACAUUGUUGGCUUCAAGGGUGAGCUGAUUCACAUGUAUAACAAGAACCAGUGCCACGUGAGCAGUCCUGCAUACCACCAGGCAGUGAAGGAGAGAACUAACAUCCUUCUCUUAGGAGACUCUCUCGGCGACCUUGACAUGCUGACUGGCAGUCAGAAGCAAGAAGUGGUUCUUCGCAUCGGUUUUCUUAACAGCAGAAUCGAAGAACGCCUUCCACAGUAUUUAAAUAAUUUUGACAUUGUGCUACUCGAUGAUCAAACGAUGGAUGUUGUGAAUGGAAUACUGAGGAAGAUUAUCUACUAGCACGCACAUUAGCUACAGACUUGUCUUCUUGUCUCUGUGUCGCCGUUUUGUUCUUGCGCUAUAACUAUCAUCAUGCCAUACCAACUAGCCCAAGUUGCCACACUUCUAAAUUAAAAAAGCUGUCAGUGUUUGUGGUCACACUGCUACAGGACUUUCAUGCCCGACUCACGCACACUGUGUCUUAGGUUCAUAACUUGAUUUUAUCAUCAGAGUUGCAAGCUACACUUGCGAAUUGAAAUGACAAGAAAUUCUGUGCUUGCUCAGUCAAUGUCGCAUUUAAUUUAGUUUUGUUAUUUUUUUCUGGUAGUUUAUUUGUUUAACCUGUGUAAGCCUCUCAAGAUGCCUUCGCCAUUCUUCUAUAUUAUUAAAUUAUAUUUGCAAUCUA